CUUUUGUGCUUGAUACCCUACAUUGUGCCAACGUUGUGGAGGACUCGGACGGCAACGGAUUGAGCCACUUCGUGCGCAUUCAGCAUGCCCCCGUCUCAGCUCAAGCGCCUGAAGGCGUCACUGCGGGAGCAGGGCAUUACUGGCCCUCAGCAAUCCAAGAAAGAGAAAAAGAGUAAUAAGGCAACAGGAAGGAACAAUGACCGAAGAGUACAGCGCAAUGUUGCUCUGGAAAGCAUUCGGGAGCAAUUCAAUCCAUUCGAGGUCAAGGCGACUACGAAAGGGAAGAAAUUCGGAACCGCCAAUGACAGCAUUGUUGGAAAGUCAAAGGACCCGGUCGCUCGACCUGGAGUUACCAGAGGCUUGGGAGAAGAGACUCGCCGGAAAACUCUUCUCUUAGAAAUGCAGCGACGCAACAAAGUAGGAGGCAUUAAUGACCGUCGUUUUGGUGAAAACGAUCCGUUCAUGACACCCGAAGAGAAAAUGAUGGAGCGUUUCACAAGAGAGCAGCAGAGCCGGCAUAAGCGCGGCUCCAUGUUCGACCUCGAAGAUGACGACGACGGAGGAGAAGGUCAACUCACGCAUUUUGGCAAGUCUUUGUCUUUUGACGAUGCGCCGAUGGACGACUUUGAGGAGGGCGACCUUGGUGUCUCUGAUGAAUCGGAUGGCGAAGAAAAGAGAGGUCGCAAACGGCGACGGCCGUCCGAGGCUGAUGGAGACGAGGAAGUUUCCGGCGAAGAAGGGGAGCCAGAACCAGAGCGCAAAAAAUCAAAGGCCGAAGUCAUGAAGGAAGUCAUCGCGAAAUCGAAGCUGCACAAGUACGAACGUCAGAAGACCAAGGAAGACGAUGACGAGCUACGGGACGAGCUCGACCAGGGACUCCCAGCCCUCAUUGCGCUCAUGCACGGACAUCCGGCCAAGCCUGCAGCGCCGCCUGCUCCAGCCACACAAGACCCUAACAUGCAUAUCAACCCCGAACGUGCAGCAUUGAUGAAUGGCGCCGCCAAGCCGGCUGUUGACAAGGAAUAUGACGAAAGAUUACGGCAGAUGGCUUUCGACAAGCGAUCGAAACCGACCGAAAGAACAAAGACGGAUGAGGAGAAAGUCGAAGAGGAAGCGAAGCGUCUCAGAGAUCUCGAAGAGAAGCGCCAGCGCCGGAUGAGGGGCGAAGAGGAGAGCGAGGACGAAGCGCCUACCCGCGACGAAGAGGAGCUAGAAGAUGAUGCGGACGAUCUUCAAAACGAUGCAGCUGAUUUUGGUUUCGAUUCCGCUCCCCUUCCCACUUACUCCUCACGGAGACCGCCAGUUGACGUCGAGGACGAAGACGAUUUUCUCAUUGAUGACGAUCUCGUCGCGAGUGGAUCUGACUUGGAUCUGGACGCGGUUGAAGAGGGUAGCGACGAAAGUGGUUCUGAAGAAGAGGACCAAGAUGAUGGAGAACGCGAGGAUGACGACGAAGAAUUUAUCGGCGGCCUUCUCUCCAAGGAUGAAAAGGAUAUGCCUGAAUUCGGAUUCAAGCUUCCGUCCUCUACAGGCGCAGCUACUUCUUCGAACGGCGAGCUCGCAUUCACAUUCCCAUGUCCACAGACGCACGAGGAAUUACUAGAAGCCACCAAGACCGUCGCUCUGGUCGACCUUCCCACCGCCGUGCAGCGGAUACGUGCGCUGCACAACCCCAAAUUGGCAGCAGACAACAAGGCCAAAUUGGGCGUCUUCUCCACCGUCCUCGUUGAGCACAUUGUCUACCUCGCAAAUCAACCUUCCCACCCGCCCUUUUCCGUCCUCGAGACUCUUGUCCGCCACGUCCACUCCCUGGCAAGAACCUACCCGGAUGAGGUUGGCCGCGCAUUCCGUCAGCAGCUCAAGUCUUUCCAGGAAACGCGCCCCAACGCCCCUACCGCCGGCGACCUCAUCGUGCUCACCGCUGUCGGCUGCAUCUUCCCUACCUCCGACCACUUCCACCAGGUUGUCACACCCGCCAGCCUCAGCAUGGCACGAUAUCUCGGACAAAAAUUCCCCCAAACCCUCCAUGAUCUCGCAACAGGGGCCUACCUUGCCACGCUCUGUCUGCAAUACCAGCGUCUCUCCAAACGGUAUUACCCCGAAUUCAUGAACUUUGUCCUCAACGCGCUCUAUGUCCUGGCACCCACGAAACCCGAAUCAUCGAAUUUGCCAGCCAAUAUCCCCUACCACGAGCCCACCAUGUCUCUCCGUCUGCAAAAGGCUCCCUCAGCGGAACCCAAACCCAUGCACUUCUACGAUACGCAACCCCCCUCUGCCCCUCUCAAAAAGGACGCCGCGGAGUCUCUCAAAUCGACUCUCAUCGCAACUUUUAUUUCCCUUCUCGACACCGCGGCCGACCUCUGGACCGGCACAUCUGCCUUUUUCGAAAUCUUCGAACCCGCCCUCCAAACCACACAGUUCCUCCAAUCAAAGGCUUCUCGCGCAAAACUUCCCCAAGAUUCCGUGCUGUCCAAGACCAUCCGCAAAACCCACGCCAAGCUCCAGCGCGUCCUCCAACAUGCUCGUCUCGCACGCAGACCUCUCGAGCUCCACCACCACAAGCCCCGGCCAAUCAAGUCCGUCAUCCCCAAGUUCGAAGAGACCUUCAACCCAGACAAGCAUUACGAUCCCGACCGCGAGCGCGCCGAAGCCAGCAAGCUGCGCGCCGAGCACAAGCGCGAGCGCAAGGGCGCCCUUCGCGAACUCCGCAAGGAUGCAAGCUUCAUUGCCCGCGAGAACUUGCGCCAGAAGAAGGAGGCAGACCGCGCGUACGAGCAAAAGUACAAGAGACUUGUCGCGGAGAUCCAAGGCGAAGAAGGCCGCGAGAAGAAUGCGUACGAGCGGGAAAAGAGAAUGCGCAAGGGCAGGUCCUAGUUCAACCGGAUCAUUGCAUAGCUUGUACAUAUGUAAUAGCGGGGUUCUCACUUUUUUUUUUUUGCUGGUUACUUUUUUUUCUGUUCUUGGCAUAUUCGAGUCCCGUACUUUUCCUUUUCUUUGGCUGCAAUGGACUGCGAAUCAAUCCUUCGUUGGGAGUCACCUCGUUUCUUAUCCUUUCGUCUUCAAAAAGUCUUAUUUGUCCAUUUUUUCGGGGUUCCUACGUUCAUAUUGUACGGUACCCAUUAUUCACAUUCGGCGUCUUGUCACGGAUUAGAAAGUAUAUAUUUUCAUGCCCAUUUCUUCCAAACUCAAUACGAAAAACAUUGACCAACGAAAUU